GGGGAGAUGGACAAACGGGCCGGCCCCUCGAGCCAGGGUCGGAGGCCGAGCUCUUGAGGCACCGCGAAGGGCCCACCCCAUCCAUGGCCCACGCGACGCUGCUUCUCCCUGCGCACGGGCGGCAGCGCGGUUACGCUCGGCGCUUCCCCUCUGCCUGGGGAGGGUUGAGGGGCGAGACGCCUAGCUCGGCGGCCCGAGAACAGAGCCCCGGAAUGAGGCGUUUCUGGACUGUCCAGAGGCAGAUCUGCCCUCCGGGCGCGGGGAGGCUCCCCAGCCUACGAGUCACUUCGCGUGGCCGGGGCGAGGGGGGUUGUCAUGUGGGUCAGACACUGGCCGAGCUGUCACGUCUCCCUCAAGUCAACUCCCUGCGGUUGAUGGCCCCUGUCUAUCUAACACACGCCGGAGGGAGGGUGGUUUCCAGAAACGUCUCAAGAAUAUUUAUCACUAAAAUUGCCUGGGGAGCAGGAGAGAGGCUCCGGAAGGGGAGCGAGUUUUGUAUUCUGAUUUUACUGGGAGAAGAGCCGUUUGAGAUGGAAAUCGUGGAGGAGGCUGCGUUUUCUUUGUGUACUGCGUAGUAUAGUCAUUAUCUAAACAUCCAGAGAUAAAAGCAUUAAUGAAGCCAGAUUACAACUUGAUCUGGGUGGUUAUAUUGAUGGUUCUUGCACAGUUGAUUGCAUUUUAUUUAGUUAAAGACUUGGACUGGAAAUGGGUUAUAUUCUGGGCUUAUAUUUUUGGCAGCUGCAUCAGUCACUCAAUGACUCUGGCUAUUCAUGAGAUCUCUCACAAUAGUGCAUUUGGCAACUGCAGAGCUAUGUGGAAUCGGUGGUUUGGAAUAUUUGCCAAUUUCCCUAUUGGCCUCCCAUACUCCAUAUCCUUCAAGAGAUAUCACAUGGAUCAUCAUCGCUAUCUAGGAGGUGAUGGAAUUGAUGUGGACAUUCCUACUGACUUUGAAGGGUGGUUUUUCUGUACUCCUUUUAGGAAGUUCAUAUGGAUUGUUCUUCAGCCCUUUUUCUAUGCUAUUCGACCUCUCUGCAUCAAUCCCAAACCAAUUUCUCAAAUGGAAAUCAUCAACUUGUUGGCUCAGAUCUCAUUUGAUGUUGUAAUGUAUUACUACUUGGGAAUUAAAUCAGUUUUCUACAUGCUUGCAGGAUCAGUACUUGGAUUAGGCUUGCACCCAAUUUCGGGACACUUCAUAGCUGAACAUUAUAUGUUCUUAAAGGGACAUGAGACUUACUCCUAUUAUGGGCCACUUAAUUUGCUCACUUUUAAUGUUGGCUAUCACAAUGAACAUCAUGAUUUUCCCAAUAUUCCUGGCAAGAACCUUCCACUGGUGAAAAAAAUUGCAGCUGAAUACUAUGAUAAUCUUCCACAAUAUAACUCCUGGAUCAAAGUGCUGUAUGACUUUGUGAUGGAUGAUACACUCAGCCCUUACUCACGCAUGAAAAGGAAGUUAAAGGGUGAUGUGAAACAGGAAUAAACUUCUGCUAACCAAAAGACUGCAAAGCAAAAUAUUUCAGAUCAUCAGCUAGUUGGUAUAAGGAAUUCCUGUGAGAGUAUAUUUUGAAUUAUUAAAAUUCUGACAUACAGGAAUGCAUUGAUCUAUCCUAAUAGACCUCUUCAGACCACUUAGAACCUUCAACUAGUGGUAGUCUAACAGUCCCUGGCUUCUUUGGUUUAACUAAUACAAAACAUGACUAUGCUCAAUGUAUAUGUGUAAUAGUUCUAAACAGUUUGUUGUCUAAUACUUUUCACAGCUGUUCAUAAACCUUGUACUCAGGCACCUGUUUCUGGCUUUGCUGGUUUAGACCUAUGAAAGGUCCUUCAAACUUACUUGCACUUCUGGCUCGUCCACUUCUGCCCACUCAAAGCUCGUAACUUAGUCUUUUAUAGUAUUAAAGUUCAUACUUGAUCAAAUUAAUUCUAACAUGAUUAACUUAAAUCUUGUUUCAUUAAAUGUGGCUUCAACCUACUUGGAUUAGUGAAAAGCAUUAUUUAGGCACUUCAGUCCUAACUGAGGCUCUAGUAUGAACCUUGUUUGCACCUAAAAUCAUUCAGGGCACAAGUUCCUAGUUGCUUAAGUUUCUGGCUGUGGGCCUGUGCACUGCUUUCUUAAGCCCCAAACUGAAUCACAAAGCAGAGGAAAAAGGGUUUUUGUUUACUUAUGGGCAGGCCCUACUCCAGUAGAUGGAAAGAGCCUGAUUCUUGCUGGUAGUGAUAGUGCAAUCUGUCAUUCACUUCCCUCAGCCCUAUUACUACAAAAGACACUUAGGUUCCUAAGUUCCCUCAAGGCAGUUGACUCCCAUUUGUGAAUUGCUAAACUGAGGCACCUCGCUGGAGUCAGGUGUCUCUCUGUGGGAGGAGUAGGGUUAUCUUGACAGCAUCUGCCCCUGGUUAUCUUAGGCACUCCUGGCCUAGUAUGCUGGGUUUUUUUGUAGAUUGUAUUCUAAGAUGCCUAUCUCUUCCCCAUUUGUUGUGUAGAUAGCCUGCAGGCCUAACUCAGUUUUGGCAAUUGCAGUCCUGUGAUUGUCCAAGCCAUCUGAUAGUAGGUGCUAUGAUGCUCAGCACUGCAAUACCAAAGUCCCUUCAUGGAUCCCAUUCUUAAUGAUCACUAUCACCUGUUCCAUCUUGAAAGUGAAUAUAAUUACUUCAAGUAGUUAACAAAUCUGAGGUAGAUGGCUAGGUGCCUCCUGCACAGGGCACUACAGCUGCAGCCAUAAGCUAUUGUAGCCAAUUUGAUGGUCACUGAUACACAAUAAAUUGGGUAGUUAAAAUGAAUUAAAAGUCAAAAUUCCAGGAAGGGGGCCCUGUAAACUUCCAGUGUGUUAUCCACCCUCAAAGAAUCCUUUUUACUUCACUGUCUCUAAAAAUGCAGAUGUCUUGAAAAUGUAGUCCUUAUCUGGAUUUGGUUAACUCAUAUCAAAGUUUAAUUUUAUAGCCCCCAUACAACAGUUUUGGGUAUUUAUAAAGUAUUAAUUUCUGUUUGGGACCUAUGACAAAAUAGCUGGUAUACUGUACCAUGUAACUAACUAGUUACAUUUUUCAACUGCUUCCUUCAUAUAAAUAUAAUUGAAGAUCAGUACUUAAAUACAUGCUUUUAUGUAACACUGGAAAACUGGCUUUUGUACUGGGGUGCCUUGUUACUAAACUAGCUUUCAGUGGAUUAAAAUGCAAUGUUUUUAUCCAAAGCUUAAGUAUAGCUUAACCUCCCUAAUUACUUUUAUAAAGGCUAGAAAUAUGAAGCAAGUUGAAAUGUAAGGAUUGCUUUUAAUUAACUUUUGGAAGCAGAUGGGCAACUAACUAGAAAUCUAGCACUUGUAUUUUGGGCAGUGAAAUUGUCAGCUAAUAUUGUUGUUUUUUAAGCAAUAUUAAUGUUGGCUAAUGGUGGUUCAAUGCUUUUCUGCUUGCUAUUAAUGAAAACUUUCUUAAAAGGGGGAGAUGAAGCACAUUCCAUUAUCUAAACUCUUCUGUACUGAGAAGGCUCUCCUGUGCCUGGAUGGGGGACUGAACAUCUUCAUUAAAACCUUCCAGUAGAUGAGAAAA